AUGCUGAUGGCCGCUGUUUCCACCAGUUGGCAGCUAGGGCUCCCUCUCCAAGAAAGGCUCAAAGAAAACAGUGAUGCAAAGGCCCAGGAAAUGCAAAAAGAAGCACAGGCGGAGCAGGAAGGAGAGCUACAGUAUCUAGGUCUACAAGGUGCUGAAGCACGUUCACCCCAACACUGGCAACUCCUCCAAGCUAUGAGUGUCAUCAACAUGUUCGUCAGCGACAUCUUCGAGCGGAUCACCGAUGAGGCUUCCCGCCUGGUCCAUUACACUAGGUGGCAGACCAUCUCCUCCAGAGAGAUCCAGAGCGCCAUCCACCUCCUGCUGCCGGGGAAACUGGACAAACUUGCCGUCUCUGAGGGCACCAAAGCACUCACCAAGUACACCAGCACCAAGCUGAACUCCUGCAAUUAA